AUGAAGGGCACCAAUGGUGAUGUGACAGAGGCAGUUCAGGAUGCGUCGCAAUAUCGGCUAAAAAGCCGCAGGUCCUUCCAUGGAGUAGGCAUAGACCGGGAGACAGUCUCGAAAGAGGCUUUCCACGAGCAAGAUAAGGAUGAGUGCUUUGCCGACCUGCAAGACGAAGUUUCUGAACAGAAUUUGCGCCAUGUGUGGAGCAGCCUGAGUGGCCUUUGGCUCGCGCACAGCAGUUUCCCAGCAGCCAGCGAGGAGCCAUUUCAUGUUCGCGAGGUGGCACUGCUGCCCAGGUCGAAAGAGUCGGGCGAGAGCGUGCUGGCCCGGCACAAGAUCGCGGUGCGGUGUUGCAAGGGCUGCAAGUAUCCGGAUGAUCGUGCCCCAGGUCAGGACAACUUCAGCUGCGCCAGAUUGCCCGGAGGUUUUCGCUUGCAUUGCGUGGCCGAUGGCCAUGGCGAAGAGGGGAAUUGGGUAUCCGAGCGAGUCGUCCGGGCGUUGCCAUACUUCCUAAGUUCACGUGACUGUCGGAAGAUGCUCCGCGACGGUGCGGUGGAGACAGCCUUCACGUCGGCCUUUGAAAGGCUUCAAGAAGAUAUUGUCUCCGCAUCGCGUGAUGCAGGAGUAAACGUUCAGUUGUCGGGGACCACUGUUGCAUGCAUCCUGCGGCAAAUUCACAGUCCCGUCGUCUGGGUGGCAUCCACAGGCGAUUCUCGAGUUAUCCACGUUUGCCGUGAUGGCAGCGUCUCGUUCUCGACGGAAGACCACAAGCCUUGCAAUCCUAGUGAACGUCAACGCGUUAUCAUGAGCGGCUGUGAAAUCACCACGAGCGAUGCUGCCAACGGAGAAGUUCUUGAAAAGAUCUGCCUGCUUGGUCAGCGUGGCAAGCUCCCGGAGCUUGGUUUCACACGCUCCAUCGGCGACCUGAUGUACAAGAAGUACGGGGUCACCGCCAGGCCUGAAGUCUACAAGCUGGAACAGGAGCUGGGUGAUGGCUCUGGUCAUUUUCUUCUGGGCAGCGAUGGGAUUUGGGAGUUCUUGAGCAAUGAGGAUGUGGCCGAAAUCGUUCACCGUAACCUCCAAGCAGGUGUAGAAAAGGAUGCCAUUGUGGAGGAGCUUGUGAAGGUGGCAGAAGGCAAGUGGAAGGAGCAUGAGUUUGACUAUUGCGAUGACAUAACCUUGAUCAUGGUGCCGACGCGGCAAGUGACGGCAGCCCCUCCUGCUCCUGAUGACAGUUGCUUCGGAGGUGUCCUCUAUGCUUCGGAGGAAUGCUUGGCGCGCGUAGAUAGACUCUGUGCGAUUCAAUAG